AAAUUUCCCGCAACUACGUUCUAUACUGAUGUAGAAGAGGAAACCAUUUAGGUGGCGCUCUAGGUAGCCAAAUUAUCCUGUAGUUUGUAUAACUAGCGAUGAAUGAUUUAGUGAUCGAUGAGAGGAGUUGAUGAGCCAUUGAAUGUGAAGAACAUGAACUUCUGAUUAUAGUUCAACAUAACCUCGUUUUUGCAAUGUCUAACAUUUUUUAGAAGUUUUUUUAAGACAUGUGUGAAGUAUACAGUAUUGUAUUUUUGUACGCUUCGUGAUUAUCAUUGAAGUGUUCAAUUUCUACUUCCUUCUAACACGUUGUAAUUAUUUAUCUAUGUACAUGUAUAUAUAUGUCUAUAUUUAGAGGUUAUGAAUGACUCUUGCGCAUUGUUUAUAAGGAAAUACAUUUUCAUUUUAAGUAUAUUUUUAUUAUCUAUAACAUAUAUAACUUAUGUUUUAUUAUGAAGCGGCGUCAAAGAAGGCCUGUUUUAGAACUUAAUCAGUCGCAACCAGGUUCUUAUGGGGAACAUUUACAAAAUAAACACAAACAUAUAAGUAACGAUUAUCCCGGACAGAAUGUACCUGCAAAUCCACUAGCAAAUUUACUUUGUCAUUACAAUUCAGAUAGUGAUACUGAAGAUUCAAAGAAGGAUUGCAAAUUAGACGAUCAAGUAAAUAAUUUUUUUAAAGAAAUUCAGCUGAUUGCACCCAAGCAGCCAGUCUCAAACGAAUCUAAUAAUGUUAUUCUAACAGUAAACUCCAAUAAUCGCUUAGCACAUCACAUAAAUCAACAGGCACUCAUGUGGAGAGAAUGUUUAGAUGAAUCUUCAGGUUAUCCUUACUAUUGGCAUAUUGAAACUAAUGAGGUAACAUGGGAAAUGCCAGAUGAACUACGGUACUUAAAAAACAAUGUUAAAACCAGCUCUGUGGUAAAACCAACGCAAGAGUCUCAUUGGGUUGAUUUCUCGUCUGUCAUAUAUCAACAAUCUCAUGAAAAUAUACCAGAAGGUAUGAUUCCACGGGAAGUAGUCGCUCGAAAUCGUAAUAGGUACAUCUGCAAUGAGACCGUGCAGAAACAAGAGUCCCAAACUGAUCAAGACACUGCAAAUACAUCUGAUACAAUGGACAACGAUUCCGAUGAUGGGAAAAUAGAAAUGAUCACAUCCUACGGGAGUGAUGAAAGUGAUUCGGACACAGCAGAUGAGAAUCGGUCAAAAAACGAUACGAAAGAAUCUUCAUCAGUGAAAAGUGCGAAUAAAACGCCAAAAUCAAGAUGUUCUGAAAAGUCGUCAGCGCCGAUUCCUAUGAUGCAAACACAGUUGUUACCAAUUUCUCAGAAUCUAAAUCAGAUGUAUGAAAGCAAAGAAGAAUCGAUAAUAGAAUCGGCAGACUUGAAACCAGCCGAAGAUACAGAGACAAAGUACUUAAAAAACCAAAUCAAGCAAGAUACAGUUCAAAGGGCUGACUGUAUGGAUAAAGCUAAAAGCGACAGCCGAUUGACAAAAGAAUCCGUACCAAAAAAGAACAGUAAUAAACAUAGCAUUAAUUCUGACGUGGACUUUCGUAUUUCUUUGGUGCCUGGUUACGACGAAGAUUCUGAUGUUGAGGAAGAAUCCGGAGAGAAACAGGAGAGAAAAGCCCUAUUUCCAAUUCCCCAAAUCGAAGAAACCGCGGAAAAUGUGUCAUCGCGCAAAAAUACAAUUGACGACGAUCACGUAGCAAACAGUAACGACAGUGAAAUUAAUAGCGAAAGAAAAACUGUGCAAGAACAAGACAAUGAAGAUAUUUUGGAAAGAUUGGAAUGUAAAGACGACUCGACUGCUAAAACAGAGGAAGAUACGCAGAAGGGAAACAAAUUUGUCGAUAAUUCACAUGGUCGAAAUAAAUUUUUCCAGAGGAAAAAACGUAUUGCUUUCGAUGUUCCAUCUACGAAAAUGAAAACAAAUAACGAUGAAACGAGUAAAAUGGAAGUAGAGACGCAACGGGAUGAAAUGAGCUCUUGUGAUGAGCAUCUUAACGAAACUCAAGCUGAUCAGCAGGAAGAAACGAGCACAGUGAACGAGAAUGCGGAAGAAAAUAUUCCAACUUGCAAAGAUGAAUCGAACAAUACGGAGGAAGAAACAAACACACCAGAUGCGGAUGCUGAGUCCAAGGAAGAUGAAAGAGAGGUUAAUCUACUCGCCCAGAUCAUACUUGAGAAACUGAAGUUUCUGUCGGAAGGGAAACCAAGUGUAUCGCCAGUUCAACUGAUGUCUAUUCAGCUACAAACGUUGUUUGUCGCGUGGGAAGCGGGUUGUUUAGAAAAAAGUUACUUGCGUAGAUGGUUGAGUGACACCAGUCACGAAUUGGAACGUUUGGAACAAGAUGCAGCACCACCCGGAUGGCUAUGUCAGUGGGAUAGGUCGCAUAAGCGAUAUUAUUACCAGAACACUACCACUGGAAUUACACAAUGGACCUAUCCGGACACUGGCAUCGCCGGUGGAGCCGAAGAGAUGGAAAUUUGCUCCACGCCUCCUCCAACGGAGCAAGAAGAGAUAGUUAUCCCUGCAGUAGAAGAAGAAGGACUGAGAUCAAAGACAAAGAAAUCGGAGGGUGGAGAGACAACUGAGGACAUGACGAUUCCAAGGAACAGUGACAUAGAGGCUCCACCUCCACCCCAAAUUUCAAAUCCAAGCCCGCCUCCGCCGCCUAGAAUUUACGCGGAGGAUUUGAAGAGGGACAAGAGGAAACAAGACAAGUGUAACGAGAAGUUGGAUGAGAAGAAACAACGACUUGGAGACGAGGGGACAGCGAUUGUGGAAAUGAAACAGCUAGAAAAUUCUGUUGCGCCAUCCUCUGCCUUGCUGUCGCCUCAGCCUGCCAAUCUCGCAAAUGUAACCAGUGCGGAACCUCUGCCACCGGGUGUAGAUUUGACGGAAGCACCUUACGAAAUACCUGCUUUGAAGAGAAUUAUUUAUGGCGCGGUGCAAUCACAGGGUGGUGCGCUCUACGACGCAGCUGCAAGAGAUCCAACAGUUCCUAUUCUAAGUCAUCCAGCCAUAGUACAAGAACACUAUCUUCAAUAUCCAGCAUAUCAACACUUACACGCUCCAGCGGCCUUAGUACUUCCACAUAAGCACAAUGUGCAGCCUGCGAUACAGCUAAUACCUGACUAUACUCCGAUAUAUACGAAUCAUAAGGUUAUCGAAAAGCCACCGGUUAAAACAGCGAAAGAGUCUUUGGUGUCCGCGUUAGAUUCAUUUUACAGCGACAUCGCACGAAUAGAAAAUGUUGGGAUGGAGAAAGCCCCUCAGAGACAGGACACUGCAAUAGUAGAACCAUCUUCUUUACCAACGGAAGAAGUUAAAAUUGAAAUAGAGCAAGAGCCUGUUCCUGUUGAAGCUGCUGUGAAAGAAAAGAAGAGAAAGAGGACGAGAAUUGGUAUUAGUAAAAAACAUAAAGAAGUCUCUAGUAUGGUUGCAAAAUGGCAAAAGGUGCAACAGAAUUUUGAAAAUACAUAAACUUGCUGCGACCCGACGAUAUUUAAAUACACUUGAUACAAAUAGCGCACUGUACUCCUAUCAGUAUAGUGUUCCUGUACCUGCAAUUAACAUUAUUAUUCUCCCUUUUCUAUUUUUAAAAUUCGUUCAACUUAAUACACAAAACAGUAGAUUCUGAAAAGGAAUGUUGUAAAUUUUGAGAAGUUAUAGACAUGGUUAUGUACAAAAUAUAGGUUGAUCUCUUUCAAUGCUCAUUGACUAUGAGUGGAGUGGAACGUCGUCGUAAUUUAUAAGCAUUUGGAAUAAAAAAAAGUAUUGUAAAUUAAUGACAUCAAAUUUCAUUGUUUCUGCUUGUAGGUUUGUAUUAUGUAUUGUUUAAGUUCCAGGAAUUAAUUUAAUCAUCCUUCCAUGAAUCGCAGAAGAGAAAUGUAUUCUCCUAUUCUAUGGAGUUUGGAAACCGAAUAUUUUAAUACUAGACUUUAAGAACAAGUAGCCACCAUUUAUCAUAAAUUUAGAAUUUAUUGCCUAUUUUUAAAACGACAAAUGAAGGCUAUUUGUUUAAAGUUAUAAUCUCAUUUUAUCGUAUUUAGAUAUCUUCAUAAUAAUGAGAGAAUUUAAAAAAUAAAACAGGAUUUAAAAUCA